ACUUUGAAACUGGAGUUUGAGGCAUAGGUAGAUACUUUCGCCUUACAGCGAAUAGCUAAAGCCAUUUGGCCGAAAUUGCUUUCCGUCCAAAACCCGGAAGUAAUCCACCACCGGUCUUGGGGAUCUGGCGUGACAUUCACUAAACCCGUGAGCUGACAUCUAGACGGGGUGCUGUGUAAAUACGAACAAACGUAAGGACACGGUGUGGAAAAGUAACUGGAAGAUGAGAGUCCUCAAAGCUAGCCUUGCGUUGGCGAGUCGUCAUCUUUCAGCUAAACAGAGCGCCACUCUGAAAAAGGUUCUCAUCAUCAACUAUCGGUCUUGUUCAUCUGGUGUAUUUUGCAAUGAGAAAAUAAGAAAUAUUGGGAUUUCCGCGCACAUUGAUUCUGGAAAGACCACACUUACAGAGCGUGUCCUUUAUUACACUGGCAGAAUAGCAGAGAUUCAUGAGGUCAAAGGUAAAGAUGGUGUUGGUGCCACUAUGGACUCAAUGGAACUGGAGAGACAGAGAGGCAUCACAAUACAAUCAGCUGCUACAUACACAAUGUGGAAUGGUCACAACAUCAACAUAAUUGACACACCAGGUCAUGUUGACUUUACCAUUGAGGUAGAGCGAGCUCUGCGGGUGCUGGAUGGAGCUGUGUUGGUUUUGUGUGCUGUCGGAGGAGUGCAGUGUCAGACCAUGACAGUCAACAGACAGAUGAAACGCUAUAAUGUCCCAUUCCUCACAUUUAUUAACAAGCUUGACCGAAUGGGUGCCAAUCCAUAUCGAGCCCUACAACAGCUAAGGACUAAGUUGAAUCACAACGCUGCUUUUAUAAACAUCCCCAUUGGUCUUGAGGGAAACAUGAAGGGUAUCAUUGACCUAAUUGAGGAGCGAAGCAUGUAUUUUGAUGGACCUUUUGGCCAAAUUAUCCGUUAUGAUGAAAUUCCUGCUGAUUUUCGUGUUGAGGCUGAGGAGCGACGGCAGGAACUAGUGGAAUGUGUGGCCAAUGCUGAUGAAAUCUUGGGAGAAAUGUUUCUUGAAGAACAGACACCAACUCACAAUGACUUAAAGGCAGCCAUACGCAGGGCCACUGUACAGCGCCUUUUCUCCCCAGUGCUUGUGGGAACAGCACUAAAGAACAAAGGUGUACAACCUCUAUUAGAUGCCGUGUUAGAUUAUCUGCCCAAUCCAACUGAAGUAAAAAACUAUGCAAUACUCAAUGAUGAAGAUUCAAGUGAAAAAUCUAAAGUUUUAAUGGACCCUGCAAGAGACCCUGCCAAUGCCUUUGUGGGUCUGGCUUUUAAACUUGAGGCCGGACGGUUUGGCCAGCUAACUUAUGUGCGUGUGUAUCAAGGCUGUUUGAAGAAGGGAGAAUACAUCUACAACACACGCACCAGCAAAAGGGUCAGAGUGCAGCGAUUAGUGCGACUACAUGCUGACCAGAUGGAGGAUGUUGAUGAAGUCUAUGCAGGUGAUAUUUGUGCUCUUUUUGGGAUUGACUGUGCAAGCGGAGACACUUUCACAUCCAAGACCAGUGCCAAUCUUUCAAUGGAAUCAAUUCAUGUCCCAGAGCCUGUUAUCUCUAUGGCAAUGAAACCAGUCAACAAGAAUGACCUGGAUAAAUUCUCCAAAGGCAUUAACCGUUUCACCAGAGAAGAUCCUACAUUUAGAGUGCAUUUCGAUACAGAGAGCAAAGAGACUAUUAUUUCAGGCAUGGGGGAGCUGCAUUUAGAAAUCUACUCACAGGUAAUCUUAACACUUUUGUUGCAUUUAAACCAAUUUGCCUCCAGCAAUCUGAUGACAGAUUUUCUGUUUCAGAGAAUGGAACGGGAAUACAAUUGUCCGUGUGCGAUGGGGAAGCCUAAAGUUGCAUUCAGAGAGACAAUCACCAGCCCUGUGACGUUUGACUUCACCCAUAAAAAGCAGACUGGCGGCUCGGGGCAGUAUGGUAAAGUUAUUGGGGUUCUUGAACCUUUGGAAUCUGAACAUUUCACCAAGCUGGAGUUUGAGGAUCAGACAGUUGGAACAAAUGUGCCAAAGCAGUUUAUUCCUGCUGUGGAGAAGGGUUUCAGAGACUCAUGUGAAAAAGGACCUCUGAGUGGACAUAAAAUCUCUGGAGUACGGUUUAUCUUGGAGGAUGGAGCCCACCACAUGGUUGAUUCCAAUGAGAUAUCCUUUAUUCGUGCCGGAGAAGGGGCUUUAAAACAAGCAAUGGAGAAGGCUAAUUCAAUCAUUCUGGAGCCCAUCAUGGCAGUAGAAAUAGUAGCUCCGCAAGAGUUUCAGGGUGCUGUCAUCUCUGGAAUUAACCGGCGCCAUGGGGUCAUUACAGGACAGGACGGCACAGAAGGAUACUUCACUUUGUAUGCUGAUGUUCCUCUUAAUGAUAUGUUUGGUUAUUCAACUGAACUUCGCUCUUGUACUGAGGGUAAAGGAGAAUACACCAUGGAAUACAGUCGGUACCAGCCCUGUUUACCAGGAACACAAGAAGAACUUAUCCACAAAUACUUAGAGGCUACAGGUCAGCUCCCUGUGAAAAAGAACAAAUGGAAGAACUGAAGAAACCUUGGUCAAACAUUUUGGACUGUAAAUUCUAAUUUAUUGUGUUUUCAUAAUUUCUGUAAGUUGUUUUUAGCUUUAGAUAAAAGAACCUCAGCUCACUGCCCCCAUAAAAACAUAAACUACAAUGUAUUGGUUAUAUUACAGCUCCACUCACACAUUCUAAUGACAAUAUAUACACCUUAAUAUUAGUCAUGGAAAACCUGGGCAUAAUGGCUUUUGUACUAUGUACAACAUAUUUUUAUGACUGUAACAAAUACAUGUAAUUUUACCCUAAA